GCAGGGCAGCACGGCACGGCAGGGCCGGGCAGUUGGGGUCGAUAUACCUGAGACAGCCAGUGCCGACACAAUUGUGUUGUAAUGCGCCUACUCCUCCCCAUCUUCUGCCUCGCCCUCGCGCCGCGAGCCGCGGGCGAGCUCGUCUCAGCCGUGCUGCUCCUGCACGACGACGACUUCCACACCUUCCGCCAGGUCUCGGCGGCGCUCGAGCGGCUCGGGCUGUCUCCUCCGCAGGCGCUGCUCGUCACUUCGGAUGUGAACGCGAUGGGCAUCGGCCUGGCCUGCAAGGGCGCCGUGAAGGACCUCGAGGCUGGCAACGCCGGUCUGGUCGCCGCCGGCCUCAACACGACUGUCGUCCGGGCGGACGAGACAGACAGGCAGGUCCGUCUCGCGGCGGAUCGCGUGACUGCGGAGAGCGCCGCCUUCCCGUCGUUCGUCCUGCGCAACGGCACCGUCUCGCCCGUCCUCGGUCCACGGGUCGCCGGCUCCUGGCAGGCCGCGCCUGCGACGGAGCCAGGCUGCGCGCUCUGGGCACUGUCCGGCGCCUGCGUGCGUGAGGCGCUGGCCAGUGUGCACGCCUAGCCUCGUCUCCCGUCAGCACAGUCUCCUCACGCCGCGCGGCUGAGGACAGGCGCUGGCCAUGUACGUGGAACUCGGCUGCGCGCGUGCUUGCGUCGAGCACGGCGUUCGCUUCCAGCAGGCGGCGCACCGUAGGGAGAAGCCGCGGCUGGGCGUCGCCGCGGCGCAGGUGAGGGCCGCUUCCGAGACACCUCGCACUCCCCUCGCCCGCCACGCACGCCCGCCAUCCG